AUGCAUAUAGGUAAACACAUGUAGACCAUUGAGAUCGAGCUGUGGGGCAGAUCUUGGCUGGUAUGCAGUUAGAGUAACAGUGCAUAUAACAUGUAGAAUGAUGAAGUUGAUCGUCGUGAUUUUGACUGCCUUCGUGGCUGCAACGACUGCUAAAAACGCCACACUUUACAAAGUAGAGGAGCCUUCCAAGGACCAGUACAUCGUCGUCGUAAAGCCAUCGUAUGCACAUAAUGACGUAGAAGCUAUCAAGAAACUUAUCUUGAAUGACGUUUCUGGAAUCUAUAGUGGUGCUUUUAUAAAGCACACCUACGCCAAAGCCAUCAAGGGAUUCUCGGCUAAAUUGACCGAAAGAGCUGUCAAAAAGCUCCUUACGAGAGAAGAGAUAGAAUACAUAACCCAAGAUGGCGUCGUUCGAACAUCCGGUGUUGCAUCAUGGGGCUUGGAUCGUAUAGACCAGAGAGAGUUGCCUCUAGAUGGGAUCGCAAACUUCAAAGGCAAUGGUUCAGGGAUUAACGCGUACAUCAUCGAUACGGGUAUUUAUCCGGAGAGUCUUUACUUUGAUGGUCGAGCCACACCUGCCUUCGAUGCAUCGCCUAAGAAAGGAGCUUAUGGCAUUGAUUGUAACGGCCACGGUACCCACUGUGCCGGGAUCAUAGGAGGUAAUACGUACGGAGUGGCGCGUGGUGUGGAGCUGUUUGGAGUCAGGGUACUAGGAUGUAAAGGGUCUGGUGCAACCAGUGACGUCAUAGCAGGUAUCGAGUACGUUGCGGCGUCUGGCCAGCAGCCUGCCGUAGCAUCCAUGUCUCUGGGUGGCUUUCCCAACAAGGCUCUGGAUAAUGCUGUUCAAGGUUUGAUUGACGCUGGUGUCAUCGUGGUGGCGGCUGCUGGGAAUUUCGAUAUGCACGCAUGCAAGUCCUCACCUGCUCGAGUCACAGAGGCAAUAACCGUCGGUGCUACAGACAUCACAGAUAAACGGGCUGAUUUUUCAAAUUACGGAAAGUGUGUGGAUGUGUUUGCCCCUGGUGUUGACAUCCCGAGCGCAUGGAUCGGAGGCCCAGAAGAAACCCGUAUACUCAGUGGUACAUCUAUGGCUUGUCCUCAUGUUGCAGGGGCUGCAGCUAUCGCACUAGGUAACACACGUGGGCAAUCACCAACACAACUCAAGCAGGAGAUCAUAGACAACGCCACGACAGACGUCAUUUCGAAAGUCGGACAACGUUCGCCGAAUCGAUUACUCUACGUUCCAUAGAAUACUGUAAAUUCCGCCUGGAUUACUAUACCAUAAGAAUAACUAUAUUAGUGAUCACUGUGAGUCUUUGAUAUAGUAUUUUAACAAAGCCGUGUGGAUCAUAAUCAAAUGAUUGGCUGGGGUAGCUGGGGUAGCUGGGGUAACUAAUGCUAUACGCAUUAGUUGAAAUCCCGUGCAUUAUAUUCUUCAUGGAAAACAACCUCGUAAUAGAACGACACAUUUGGCAUAUACAUACUGGCAAAUUAUGAGUUUCUUUCAGCAGAGUUAAUUUCACUGAUGCCAAAAGCCCACAUGAAAUGGAAUAUAAUAGUCUUUAUAGAUUUAUGAAAUAUAUUUGCAUGACAAAUUCUGCAAUUUACUGAAUUUCAAAUCAACAGUCCGGACGCACAAUGUUCUGGGCUAUAAUUUUUUUUUUCUUCAUAUCUUUCCCUCCUGGAUUUUAUUUGUUUUCAUUUGCAACAAAUUAACAAACCUAUUUUCUUCUUAUUAUUAUAUGAAUAGAUUUGCAUGAUAAAUAGACAGAAAUACAAUACAAAAAGCACGGACAUGAAAGGUAAAGGUUAUCAAUAAUAGGCUGUAUUCUUCUAAGAACGUACAUAUAUUAUUUGUAAAUGUCCUUGUGAAGUUGUCAGAGUCACUUUUAUAACAAAUUUCGUGUAUUUAAUAUGUUUGUAUCUCUAAAUAUGUUCCCUAAAUAUAUACAUUUUGUUUUUAAAAAA